AUGCCUCCAAAGUACGAGUACGUAGAUAAAACAGGGCAGCUGCUUAAAAAAGGACCACGCGACCUGAAGAAUCAGCGUCUAACCGAUCUCGCGGAAAAAUACUCCCACCCUUCAACAAACAACUAUCCCGCAAAAGACAUCACCUCAAGCCCUCUCGCCGGAACCUUCAAAUCAGGCUUUACGCCCACGUCGCCCUUCUUCUCUGGCGUAGCGGGGCCAUACAAGAAGCGAAGGAUAUUCAAUCAUCAGAAACGCCGUUUCUAUGGCUUCAGUGCAGUUGAACUUCAGGAGUUGGGCGUUCUUGCGGGUGUAGGAGACGAUCCGUAUGACGAGACUUACGUCGACGUUAUGACUGGAAACAUAAUUGGGAGGACUUACCGGAGAGAUUUAGAUAAUCCUAUUCAUCCGCUUUAUGCGAGGCAGAAUUGGGAGAAGGAAUCGGACAUAGGGUUGGAUAACGGUCCUAUACCUGUUAGGGGUGAGGAUACGGGGUAUUGGUUGGUUUCAAAUGACAAUAUUUGGGCCGUCUUAGAGCCUUGCCUACAACUGGUUUCACUGCUCUUAGAUAACGCCAACUGGUUCCCUUGGUUCGAUGCUAUCCUUCAUGGCGAGAUCCGAGAGGUUGACCCGACUCGCGUUCCGUCCGCCCAUGUAACUAAGGAACUGUAUUCCAUCCAUAUGCGCCCGCCAGCUGAAAGAAACGAACCACUGCAGAUCCAGAAAACGAAGGACAAACUGAAAGCUGCCGCAGGUACUCUCAUGUUCAGGCUGUCCAGUGGAUACUGUAACCCUUAUACCGGAGCUGCACAAAACCACACAGUCUCUUACGGAAUGACCAGGAAGAAUUUUAUGAAGAGACAACCAAGUUUUACUGUAGAUAUUGCCACUGAGCUUCUGCAACCCUUGCUGACUGGCGAACUGAAUUACGAUGAGAGGAUGCUAGCACAAUUUCAGGUCGCAACUACGAUUCUGCACGAGACUGGUCACGCACUGUGGGAGCACAGAUAUUAUGACGUUACAUAUGAUGUAUACAAAGAGCCCUACUUUGAAGACGAAACUCUCCCUGAGAUGGGCUGGUCCCUCGAGAAUCAUAUUUGGGGCGGAGAGCCCAAGGAUCUUAAUCACCCAACUUAUUUCGCUGGUGGUCCCGGACUUCCUAGCAUGGGAGUUGUUAGAUCCUACUGGUUCAAUGAAUGCAGCACAGCACACGGAGUCAAGGACAUGGUCCCACUCGACGAAGUGAAGGGACCAUACAACCUUGCAAGAGGCUCCAAUCCAUUCUACUAUAUUAGAUACUGGCCAAUCCCCACGACGUGGUUCAAGGACAUGCACAAGAAAGACAAAUGGGAACACCUGGUCCGGAAAUUUGGUGCAGACAGCCUGGAGAUGGGUCCUAUGACCCUUGGGAGCGAAUUUCGGAGCAACGAUAGAGAUCCACGCAACCUGAAACAAAAGAAGAAUAGCGACUCCAAUUUCAACGAACGAUUUAUGUUUCCAGCUCAAAGGGCAGCUCUGAAUCCCGACGAAAAAGUGGCUGCGGCAACAGAGAACCAAAGACGCGAGAAAGCUCUUGAAAUUUUGAAGCAGAUGAGGGCGCUGUAUAGCGUGAAGUCGGAGUUCAUGAGCGAUGAGGAAAGAGCUGCUGGAGCUGGCGCUCCUGUGAUUGAGCCGAUGGAGGUGUACACUUGCAAAUGUCCUCGAUAUGAUGCCAUCAAGAAACACUUUCUGGGUAAUCGCGGACCUCAGGAAUUGGCCUUCGACUCCAUGGAAUUUGAUAUCCCGGAACCGACUCUGCUUCGAUACAUUCAAGACCGUGGCGGUAUUUCUCUCGAUGCGGAGGAUCUGAGAUCUUUCCUUCACUGCUGUAAUGUCAAGAAGGAGUUGUUCAAUUACAGACCAUUCCCUGGCACUGGAAUGGUGACCAGAAUCCCCGCAGGCUGGCCAGCAGCCCCACCCAAACCAAUACGAGCCAUGCAAACCCCAGACCAAGCCAACUACGACAAAAUCAAAAAAGUACUCCUCGACAACGAAUUCCAAGAUACCAUGUACGGAACUCGUGGUGAGUUCCGCGACAUGCCAAUCGGAGAUUUGGGUGAUCUGGCGAAUUCGUAUUUACCAGCAGAAGAAGAAAGUAUACUGCGUGACGAACUCCCGCUCAUCCUUCAUGAGAUGGCGAUUAGAGAUCCUGCUAUUUUGACACUUGGUCCAAAGAAUAUUGUUAGGUUGAGAACUCCGAUCCAGGCUUUCAG